CAAAGCGUAGGUCCACCGUCCAUACCAAAACUGUCCAAACAAGAUAUAUGGAAGGGUUUGAAUUGGAGAAAUCCGAUUUGGAGAACUUUUCGCAAGUCAUCCGAUUAAGUUAAAAAAAGUAACAAUUUCCUCAUCUCCUGUAUGCGAACUACAAGAUGACCGGACUUGUCCACAUACACCUUUCUAUUGAAAACGCCGCUUUCCUCUAUGGCGGAAGAUGUAAAGUACCGGAAGUCACGUUCGCAGUCCGGAAAGCGCAUGGUUUAUCAUCCUAUUUUGAAAGCCAGGGUCUAUGCAGUGAGGGACCAAUGAGGAGGCAGACUAAGGCGGAAGCGUGUUGGAUGGUGGUGACGUGGUGAGGUGGUGAUUGUUCCUUUCGGGGAAAGAAAAGGCGGCGUGAAGCAACUGCACAAGUCUUCUGCUGGAUCAGCUUCCGCUGCCUUUUUGGACUCCCAGAUUCCCCUCGAUGACCUGACAGUGUUCUGAGUGGCCUCAAUUAUGAUUCAAGGAAUAAGAGGAUUGCGGUCACGCAGUAUGGGAAAAUCCUACUUUUGAAGAGAUCAGGUACAUCUCACUUUAUAGUCCUUACAUCAGGCCAUGUUGUGAAAUUGAUGCGUGGAACAUUUCAUGAAUAUUCUCCAAAGAAACAUGAACAAGGUGAUAUCUGCCAAAUGUGGUGCAGCAAACCUAUUUCUCAGCUGCAGAAAUACUGUGACAUAAUUAAAAUAUGCACAUUUAGACCACUUUUAUUUAUACCUCAUCGUGAUCCUACUAAGAAAUGCCAUGAUCCCAGUUGCCAAUUUGAGGAGCUAAAUUUGGAGAAACGCUCUCAAAUUGAGAUUUUAGAAGAUGUUACUGAUAUAGUAAAAAAAUUUGCUGAUGAUCAACUUUUCAUCAAUGGAAUAUUGACAACUGAAACUGAUUUAGAGAAGGGAAUACUUAGAACUUCUGAAGUUUUAGAGUGGAUGAAAUAUGCAGAUCACAUUGGCAUUUUACAGAAAUUAAGGAAACUUGCAGAUUAUUGUUGUUGGUCUAUCCUCAAACUGUUCUUUUCUGCAUAUAAGUAUUAUAUAAGUAAAGUUACUUUGGAGGACUACAAUUUAGUAGAAGCCUUUGAAUCUUAUUAUUGUGACAACUGUAUGAUGAACAGUGAGAAUAUGAAAAAAAGAGGAAAUGAAGCAUUUGCUAAGGAUAAAUUUGAUAGUGCAGUCACUUUCUAUACAAAAGCUAUAGAACUAUGGCCUGAAAAUCACUUUCUUUAUGGCAAUCGAGCUCUCUGUUUUCUCCGAAUUGGACAGUAUCGAAAAGCCUUGUGUGAUGGAAAGAGAGCAAUUAUUUUGAAGCCCUCUUGGCCUAAGGGACAUUAUCGAUUUUGUGAUGCUUUAUCAUUCUUGGGUGAGCAUAGGAAGGCAUUAGAAGCCAAUGAGAGAGGUCAGAUCCUGUGCAGAGAGAAUCCUGAAGGAGUGAAGGGUCUUAUUGAGCAACAUGAGAAGCUUAAAAACCAAAUGGAAGACGCUAGAGGUAUAAAGCAAAAUAAAUACAGACUAAAGAAACAACUGUUGCAGAAAAAUUCUUCAGAGUAUGUGUCAGUUGGUAAUCAAGAAUCAAAAAAAUCUCACAACGAAAACAAAAAACUAUGUGAUUCUCAUCACCAUCCUAGCCAGCAGAAGCAAACAAAUAUGGUUGGAAGUAUAAAAACUAGAGUUGGUAGAGAAAACAUAGAUCAUUUAUCAGUUUUUCCAGCAGAAGUAAGUGAAAUCCAAAAAAGCAAAGAAGCCAAAUGGAUGAUUCUGAAAGCUGAAGUAAAUGUUCUUUUUGUAUUAUGUAGUCAAAGCAAUGCAGCAACAUUAGAACAAGUGAAUUUGAAAACUGAUUCUAAAAAAGUUGUAGAGAAACAUAACUUACAAUGUGGAAAUGUGCAACAGGAGAGUGUCCUGAACCUUGCUCUCGUUGAUUAUGUUGUGAUCAUGUAUGGAUAUGCCUGCGCUCUCCUAGGAAUAGGACAGCCUGAGGAACUAAGCAAAGCCAAAUAUCAUUUUGAUAAAAUAAUUGAGCAAUAUCAGAAAGUGAGAUUCAACUGCUUGGCACAAUUAGGAAUUGGAAAAGUAUAUUUGAGACAAAAUCGAUUUUCUGAAGCUCUAGACCAAUUCAUGAAGUCAAAAACUAUGGUUAAUCUUAAGAUUGUACCUGGAGUACUGACAUGGCCUACGACGUCAGUAAUAAUAAAAGAGACAAGGUCAGAAGCAUUACAAGUUAUAUUGGAAGAUUGUAUUACAGAAUGCAAGUUUUCCCCAAAACCAAAUGCAGUAUGUCGUUAUCAGCAAUGCCAAGCACAUAAAGUCAAAAUAUAUUUUAAUGACCCAGUUUUCAAGGGUUUUAUACGUAUUGCCUGCUGUAAACAGUGGUAUGUAGAAUUUCAUUUAAGCUGCUGGAAAAAAGUAAAAGCUACAAGAUAUUGUGAUAAAAUUCCACAGGAUAUUCUUCAAGAGACGUGUUUCACUCCAGAUUGUAGCGGCCUUAUUUCUAAAAUCACUGUCUUCAGUUCUUCUGGUAUUGUCAAAUGUGAAUUUGAACAUAAAAUAAUAACCAAGAAUCCUCCAAGGCCUGUUCUAAAACAGAAAUGCUCGAGUUUUAGGAAGUUACAAGUAAAGAGGAGAAAAAAACUAAGAAGGAAAUUUAUAAAAGAAGCAGUGUCCUUCAGAAAUCUUGACGUAUUUCACAGAAGUAACAUUGUGGCAAAAGAUGAUAGCUUUAAAGGAUACAAUCUACAACUUAUUGGACGGUAUAAAAUGACCAUACAAGAUGGUGUACAUGAUGCCUUCAAACUUCUGAUUGAAUUGCUUUCAUGGUGGGUACUUAGUGAAGAGGAUUAUGCACUCUUUUCAACAAGUCGUCUAUCAUCCCUGAAAUAAUGGACACCAGUCAUAAGCUUUUUAAUUGCUAAAAAUGAUAGAGUGAAGACAAGUUUUUGUACAGUUGUAAGUGCAUUUGAAGAAGUGGAUCCUAAGCUACAUGACUGGAUGAAACAUCUUGAUAAUAAUGGUUUAAAAGCUACUGAAUUUUUUUUCUCAGAAUAUUUCACUUACAUUCUAUUGAUUGAUUUUAAAUCAGUAGCAGUCCUCUGGAAUGAGAAAUAUGGUAUUAAACUCAGCAGAACAUUCACUUGCUUAUCUGAAGAUGUACAUGAAAUAAUAACAUGCUUAGAGAAGUUGUCACUUAUGGAACUUCGCUGCUUAAUAUGGUUAUUAGAAGAAAAUAGAAAGUGUUUCCCAUUUCUUCAUCAAUGUUUAGAUGACUAUUUUGAUAACCUGGAUAAUCCUUUUAUUGUGUUAAGGAAGGAAUAUACUGAAACUACUUCAAAUAAUGCUAUCAAAGUUAAAAACAAAAACCGGAAAAAAUCAAAAGAAUCCAAGGCUAUUUUAGUUGUCUCUGGUGGAGUUGGUACAGUAGCUCAAGAAGAAGACAAUAUAUUUUCUGAAGAAAAUACGUUAAGUUUUAUGAAUCCACAUGAGCCUUUUAGAAUCCCAGAUGAUCUUCAAGAACAAGUUAUGAUGUUUGAAGCGUUGUAUAAUACUGCUUCUUCUAACAACAGUUAUCAGAGAAUUUUGGACAAUUACCCAGAUCCAACUUGUGAAAGCUUAUAUGAAACAAGUUGCAUUGUAAUGGCUUCAAACAUUGCAUUUUGUUUACAGUUCUCUUUUGACCAAGUUUCUACUAGCAACAUGGAAAGGGAAGUGGGGCAGUCCCAGAUGACUACUUCCUUGAAAUCUCUGCAUUUAUUUUCUCAAAUCUUGGAAGAACAUGGUCCCAUGGAAAUUGAUAAUCCACUAUUAGUUGGGGAAUAUGAAGAUUUCCCCACAGACACUCGUAAGAUAGUGGAGAAUGCCGGUGGUCUAAAAUCUUUUCUUCUGGGAUCUCUACGUUUUGUUAUGGUGGAUGAUCUUAUUGGAUUGAUGAAACAUGCAAUUAUGCUGCAGGAAAAUACAGAAGUAAUUGAAAUGGAUGAAAAUAAUUAUUCAGAGAGCCCGUACUGCCACGAAAACAAUUUCCAUAGCAUUUCCAGUUUAAAUCCAACUGCUAAGGAAUUUAAGCCUGUCUCUUUUAUUAAUAAGCCUUAUAUUUCAACAUCUACAGAUAAUUUAGAAUAUGUGACUAUUAGCCAGUCCUAUAGUCCUUUUGCUUCCUCAUAUUCCUUUUCUAGUCAAACUGACACUGCACCAGCCGUAUCUGACAAUCAUACAAUAUUUAUGAAUGAAAUUGAUUCAGAAUAUGUAAAUGAGAGACUAUCUCCAGUGCCAUUUAUGCCAGAUAUUUCUGAAGAAACCAAUUAUAUAUAUAUAGAUUGUAACACUUAUCUUGAUGCUGAUUCAGAAGCAACACAUAACAAGUGUAAUGUUGAUAACUUUACCACAGCUGAUCAAGUACAUACAUUUCAGAGCAGUCCUUGUAUAACAGUGAAAUCAGACAUUCACACUUGCACAAAAAAUCUUGACCAGACUGAGGACCAUGGUUGUAAUGAUGCUGAAUGCAGUUCUGUUACUAAAAUAAAAACAGAGAAUAAAUAUCUAGCAAGAAACAAUCCCCGUUCAAGGAUGAUUGCUAUACAGGUGGAUCAAGAACAAACAGAUGCUGGAGUUAAUACUUUACCUCUUCAUCCUUAUGAAAGCCAACAAGGAGAUAUGUUACGUAUGGAGAAAGAAUAUCAUGUACUACAAAAACAACUUAAAGAAGCAAUUGAAAAGUAUGAACAACUUAAACGUCGAAGUUCCAAAGAGACCAGUAUUUUAGAGGAAGAGUUAUCACUACUUAUUGAAGGAAACAAGCUCAGCAAGAGAGAAUUGGAUUGGUUUCAUCAAGAUGCAGAAGUGAACUUUAAAAAAUGGCAACAAGAAAAAAAAGAAAAACAAGAAGGAAUAAAAACAGGAAAACAUAAAGUCAGAAAGCUGAUAGAAACCAAUGAAACAUAUAUGAAAAUUAUUGAUGAGAAGGAUAAACAGUACAAAGCGUAUUUGGAUGAAUUUCUAGAGAUCAGCAAUAGGUUUGAAUGUGAAAAAAUCAAAAUGGAGGAAGCUAUAAAGAAGACCCAGGAUUAUCAGCAAGAAUGUGUUAAAAGAGCAAUAGCAGCUGAGGUGUCAGUACUUGAAAACUGGAAAGAGAAAGAAUUCUAUAAACUAAGCAGAAAAUCAACAAAUGCCAAAGCCAAUCUUAAAUAUCUAAAAUUCAUGACCAGUCAUUCUGCAACACCUCAGUCAAAAUUACAGAUUGAUUCUUGGGAGUCAUUUAUUUCCAAUAUUGGAGAAGAAAAGAAAAAAAUAGAGAGUCAGUUUGAAGAGAGGAUUUAUGUAGUAAAAAACGGUGAUCUCCUAAAUCGUAUCACCCCAGUAGAAACUGGAGAUCUUCAGCCACCUACUGGUUUGUCACUAGCAACUCUUGAGAAGUCUCCUAUUAAUGAUCCAGCCAUCAUAAUGUGUUCAGCUGCCGCUCCGCAGUCUGCUCAUUUUCACAUGUUAAUGACAAUUACUCCUUAUCUUCCAAAGCUAAAACUCACACUGGCAAUAAAAAUCAAGAGGCUCCUUCAGAUAAAGACAUUGGAGAACUUGCCUGCUGAAUGCAGACAAGCUCACUUCUGAUAAAGUAUGCUUGCCUCAAUCACUAGGAAAUUCAGGGAAGACGUCUUCAGAAUAUCCAUCCACUGGCAUAGCAUUUUAGAGGAACGAGCAAGAAGCUGGCAGAAUUGGACUCUGCUACAAUUCUAAACAAGCCAAUCCUCAGAAAGCUAUCUGAAAAUAUCAUUGACCAACUUAGAAUUAUAUUUCCAUACCACACAAGGUUAAUCUACAGUAGAAAAAAAGGGAUAGCUCGCACUGUAGUUAAAAAUCAUGUUGUGUGCAUGUGUAAAAUCUAGUUAGAAUUGUACAAUUAUAAUUUAAAUGUACUCCGGCACAAAUUUUUAGAAAUAGUUACUAUUUUUGCUUGUCCUAAUAUGAUUUUAAAGUUAAGAGAAAAUUUGAAAUGGUUCUUCUUGUCAUUAUCUUAAGCAAUUUUUAACUGCCUGAAAUUUGUGGGGGUUUUGAACUGUGGUUCAGUAUGGGCAAAAAUUAAAUGUGCCAGUGGUGGGUUUUCUGUUUUUUUUACUACCAGUUCG